AUGGAUGUAAAAAAUAUGAGAAAUGAAUUUAUUUUAGAAGAAGAAAAUAAUGUAUUUGAAGAUUAUAAAUCAUAUAUAAGUGAAAGUAAUGAUCUAAGUAUAGAAAAUAAAAAUAAAAGUUCCAUUUGUUCAAGUAAAAAUAUAAAUGACGAUGAUGAUGAUGACGAUAAUGAUGAUGAUGAUAAUGAUGAUAAUAUGAAAAAAAAAGAUAAAAUAAAUUUGAAUAAAAAAAGUGAAAAAAAAGAAAGUAAAAGAAGUCAAUCAAUAAUCUAUGAAUCAGAUAAUUUAACAAAUAGAAAUUUUUCAAUAAAAGAAAAAAUGAAGGAAGAUCCUUGUUUUGUACCAAAAGAAUCGAGAUAUUUUUUGCAUGAUAACAGAUUUGAAAAUAAUGAUAAAAAUAAAAAAAAUACUAAUGAUAAAAGAAAAGGUUAUAAAAUAAAUUACAAAGAAGAAAAAAGGUGGAAGCAUGAUUUAUUUUAUGAUUAUAAAUAUGAUGAUUAUUAUAGAAAAGAAAGAAAUGAUAGAGAAAAAUUUCAUACAUAUAAUAGAUAUUACCAUUCAAAACAUAAAGAUGAAAGAAGUAAGUAUUUUUCUUAUAAAAAUAAUAAAGAGCACUAUUAUUAUGAAAAAAGUUAUCAUAAGAGCAGUAACGGAAAUUAUCAUAUGUAUUAUAAUAAUAAAACCAAACAUCAUAACAAAAGAAGUAAUAAAAUAAAUAACUCUACUAAUAGGAAUUUGGGGAUUUGCAUAGAUAAAGAAAGGAAUGAAAAUUAUGCAAAGAAAAAAAUUCAUUCAACUGAAAAAAAAAGUUAUAAUCAAGAAAAUUUAUUAAAAAAAAGUAAAAAAAAUAAUGAAUCAAGUAUAAAUGACAAUUUAAAUGAAAAUAUGGAGAAAUUAAAUGGAGAUGUUUUAUUAAACAAAAAUGAUGAACUAAAAAAUGAAAAAUUAAAGAAAAAUAUUAAUAAAAGUAAAGAAUUGAAUAAAGUUGAUAAUCUUGACAAAAAUGGAGAAUUUAAUAAAAAUAAAUAUCCAAAAAAAAAAAAUUAUUUAAAAGAAAAAAGAUUAAAUUAUAAAAAUAAUUAUAAUAAUGAAAAAAUUAAAAAUAUAUCCUAUAAAUUAAAAAAUUAUUACAAUUAUUCAGUAAAUAAUAGGAACAUCUCAAAUAAUUAUCAUGUAACCAGAAACAUUUAUGUCAAAGAUGAAAAUUAUGGAAAUAAAUUAACAGAAAAAUUUUAUAAUAAAAAAAGUAAUUUAUAUGAAGAAAAUUAUAAUACAAACUCUUAUCGAUAUAAAAGUUUUAAUCUACAAAAUGUGAAAAUGAAUAGUACACAAAAUUCGAAUAAAAACAAUUCUAAAAUUAUUAAAGAAAAAUUAAAAAAUGAAGAUAACACAAAUGUAAAAAAUGAUUCCAAUAUGAAUUUUAAUAAAGUUAAUAAAACAUUGAUGGAAAAAGAAAAAAAUGAUCUUAAAUAUAGUUCUAUAAGAAAAUAUAACAAUAUUAAUUAUUUAAGUAAUUUCAAAAAGGAAAAUAAAAAAUACACAAAUACGAAAUUAUAUUAUGGAAAAACUAUUGAUAAUAAUCAUGUAGAAGAGAAGGAAAAUAAUGAAAAUGUACAUAGUGUAUUAGAAGAAAAGGAUAAAAACAUUGAUAAAUAUACAAUUGAUAAAAAUGUAAUGAGUAAAAGAAAAAGUUACAGAAAUUCAGAAAAUAAAGAAUACAGUAACAAAAAUAAUUUCAAAAAUAAUAAUGCAUAUAGUAAUGAAUAUAACAAAUACACAAAAGGAAAUAAAGAAAAAGAGAAAAAUGAAAACAUGAAAAAUUUAGUUAAUAAUGAAAAUGAAAAAAGUAUAAAAAAACAUAAUAAAAACUACAAUACGAACAUAAAAAAAUUAGGAGACAAAUACAGUAAUAGUAAUAAAUAUAUAAAAAAUGAUUAUUAUAAAGAAAAUCGUAAAGAUUUUAAAAAUGAAGUAAAUAAUAAUAUCGUUAAUAAUGAUAAUAAUGAUGAUAAUAAUAAUGAUAAUAAUAAUGAUCAUAAUAAUGAUAAUAAUAAUGAUAUAAAAAAUGAUUAUGACAAUGAAAAUAAUGCUGAUAAUAAUAUAAAGGAAGAAACAAAAAAAGAAAAUAAUGAUAAUUUUGUAAAUGAUAAAUUGAAUAAAAUGAACUACGAUGAUAAAAAUAAAAAGAUCAAUAAUUCUUUUAAAAGUAACAACAAUUCAUUCCAAAAAAAAAAAAGUCGUAUUCAAUUGAAUGAAUCUAAUAUUGAUUGUAAUAAUGUAAUUAAAAAAAAUGAAACAAAUAAUACAUUUUUUAAGCAUUACACCAAUAAGGGAACUCACAUGAAUUUAAAAAAAAAAAAAAAUGAUGAAAUAUUAAAUGAUUCAACAAAAAAUAUACACGAAUAUCAAAACAUUAAUAGUAUGAAUACAAAAAAAUGUAAUGAAAAUAUAGGAAAUAUGCAAAUAUAUCAAGAAAAUAGAAAAAAUAUAGUUAAUGAUAAAAAUAAUUUUAGUAAUGAAAAACAUUGUUUUAAUUAUUUAAAUAAUAAUAAUAAUUAUAGCACUUAUUGUUUUGAAAAUAGUUAUAUUGAUAAUAAUUAUUAUUAUAAUGAUAAUAUGUACACUAAUAAUAAUACGAAUUAUAUGAAUGAUAACAAUACAUAUUUUAAUGAUAAUAAUUAUGUAAAUCAUAUUAAUGAUCAUUAUAUAAAUAAUAAUUUUGUAAGCAAUAGUUAUAUAAAUGAUGGAAAUUAUAUAAAUGAUCAAAAUUAUAUAAAUGAUGGAAAUUAUAUAAAUGAUCAAAAUUAUAUAAAUGAUGGAAAUUAUAUAAAUGAUGGAAAUUAUAUAAAUGAUAACAAUUAUGUAAAUGAUCAAAAUUAUGCUAAUGAAUGUAACUAUAUAGCAAAUAAUUAUAUUAAUGAUAAUACUGCAUAUAUAAAUGAUAAUUUUAUGAAUGAUAUUAGUUAUAUUAGUAAUAAUUAUAUAAAUGCUACCAAUAAUUAUUACUAUGAUAAUAUGUUUACUACCUAUACUAAUGAGAAUGAUAAUUAUUACUAUAAUGAUAAUAAAUACAAUAAAUAA